AUGGCAAGCAGUACCAUAUCCAACGUUGCGGCCUUGCUUGAGCCAGGUUAUCCAAUUGCUCUGGGUGUUGCCUACCUUGGCUCCAGCAUCUUCAUUAAGGUGUUGACUGUUACCAUUGCUCUCUAUGCAACUACUACAGAGAGUGUAGGAUUUUGGGCCUACUCUCAGUCAUUCAUUGCCUCUCAGAUUGCGGUCUUUUUGUUCUUCUUUGCCUCAAUACUUCCGGACCCGGAUACGGCAUACCAACCAUCCUUGACAAGCGCACACACUUGGGCCACUGCAUUGCCAUUUGAAAUAGGGUUUGCAGCUCUGAGUUCAAUAAGCUCUGCCCAUCCUUCGGCACGAUAUGAUCCGCGCGCCAAAGCAGAAUCAGAUCCGGCUACGACCAGUUUACUAGGCUCGGAAUCGGGUGACGAUAGCCAAUACGGGACCCUAGACGGAACAAAAUUGCGGCCAUCAGCAUCGACCGAUGCUCAGCUAACUAAUUGGCUGGAUUAUCUUGUCGGAUUUGGGAAGCUUUUUCCCUUAAUCUGGCCUUCAAAAUCUCUGACGCUACAGAUCCGUGCAUUACUAUGCCUAGUCAUUCUUAUAGCACAACGCGUGGUCAAUGUUUUGGUACCUCUUCAAUUGGGAAACGUCGUUGCUGCACUAGGCAAAGGUACCAUUCCCUACAAGGAGUUGCUCAUAUAUAUCGCGUGUCGAGCUGUUCAAGGGCAACAAGGAGUUCUCGCAUCCAUCCGCGCUUUGCUAUGGAUUCCAAUCGGGCAGGAAACAUACCGCCAGCUAACAGGAUCCGCCUUUAAGCAUGUUCUCUCCCUCUCUCUUCAAUUUCACCUUGGAAAGCGGCUUGGAGAGGUAAUGAGCGCCCUAAGCAAAGGUAGCGCAUUAAAUACUUUUCUGGAUUCGCUCAUAUUUCAGCUAUUCCCCAUGGUAGCGGAUCUCGGCGUCGCCGCUGCAUAUUUUCUCAUACAGUUCGACCCAUUUUACUCGCUCAUUAUCUUGAGUAUGGGAGGAACAUAUCUCUUCGUCACAAUAUAUAUGGCCAAGUACCGCGGAAGAGCAAGACGAGAGAUGAUGACACGAGAUCGCGAAAUGGAUGCUGUCAAAACUGAUGCAAUUAUGUCAUACGAAGUUGUCCAUUACAAUGAUGCUGUAUCAGCUGAACUUUCUCGAUUUUCAGACCGAGUUUACUUCUUCCAGAAGGCCGAAUUUUCUGUGUUGGUUUCAUUGAACCUUCUGAAUGCAGUACAAAAUUUUAUUUUCACACUCGGUGUAAUGGCUGUAGCGUUUUUGUCUGCUUACCAUAUUUCUAUCAGCACCGAGGAGGUUGCCAUGUUCAUUUCACUCCUGGCGUAUCUUGCUCAACUUCAGGCACCACUUGGCUUCUUUGGUAGCUUUUACACCCAGAUACAAAACAAUCUUAUCGAUGCAGAGCGCAUGCUAGCUCUGUUUGACGAAAAGCCAUCUGUCGUAGAUAAACCCACUGCCACAGACAUGCAGAGCUGCAGAGGCCAUAUUACCUUCGACCAUGUCUACUUCUCUUAUGAUCAACGCCGGAAAGCUUUACAGGACAUAAGUUUGGAUAUAAAACCAGGAACAUCGGUUGCAAUUGUAGGAGAGAGUGGAAGUGGAAAAUCGACCAUGCUUCGAUUGCUUUUCCGCUUCUACAAUAUCGACAGCGGCAACAUUUUAAUUGACGGCCGGUCUGUCGAAGACUUUACGAUCCAAAGUUUGCGGAGCCAUUUUGGAGUCGUGCCGCAAGAGACCAUGCUUUUUAACGACACUUUGAUGUACAACCUGCUGUAUGCGAAUCCAAAUGCCACUGACGAAGACAUUUAUGCAGCUUGUAAAGCCGCUAGCGUGCAUGACAAAAUCAUGGCUUUCCCGGAUGGCUAUCAAACACAAGUGGGAGAACGCGGGCUCAGGCUGUCAGGCGGGGAGAAACAACGUAUUGCAAUUGCACGCGCUAUCCUUAAGUCACCAAAUAUUAUUUUGAUGGACGAAGCAACCGCAUCCCUUGAUUCAGAGACAGAAAAGACGAUCCAGGCAUCCCUUAGAAAACUCAGUACGGGCAGAACGACGGUGACCAUAGCGCAUCGUCUAUCUACUAUUGUCCAUUGCGAUGAAAUUGUAGUUCUCCAUGAUGGACGUAUUGUGGAACAGGGCACUCAUUCUGAGCUCCUAGUUCGUAAUAGCCGGUAUCGUCAAAUGUGGGAUAAACAAACAAAAGAGUCGUCUGAUUGA